AGAUUUUGGUUCAUUUUCACAACCGCAGAUCCAACAAGUUGACCCUUACCCAUAUUGGGUCAGGUUUGGUCAGCAACCGUAACCUAUUUAGACCUGAUCCACAAUGACUCAUUACCCAAAUUGACCCAAUCUGACCCGACCCAUUUGUCCAGCCUCCUUUGAGGUCUCAGCUUAGAGCCUUUCUUUUCGGUUGGACUACGCAAUUGAAUAUCCCAGUGCAGUUCCGCAUGCUGCCACAACUACUACCAUAAAUAUGUGGAUUUGCAUUUGAACCAAACACAAAUCUUAAGAAAAUACCAAAGGAAAAUACGAGUGUUAAGAAAUACUCUGUUGCGAUACAAAAUCACAAAGAUGAAUCCACAAACAAAUUGAUCAAAGUCAUCAAGUGCAAAGGGAGAUGACGACCCUUUCUUUGUAACUGUCUAGUUUCCUAGAGAUGAGAAUUUGAAUUGAUGUCCUCACAAGUCAACAGGAGAAGCAUGAUGAAUACAAAUAAACCAUUUGCCAUUGAUCCUCUCAAAUACGUUUGUCACAAACUGUCCACCCCAACUGCUACCUUUUGUCUUAACAUAUUCCAUGCAGGUAACGUAUCCUACAUCUCCUCUAACAUGAACUCGGACAUCUUUCAACUCAAUCUCAAGGGGAAAUUCAUAGUUCAUCCAUACAACUUCCCAACUUUCCAUGACAAAGUCAUAACCAGUUAUCCCAUUCGCACCCGGGUGCACACAGCACACAUUAUCCAAUUUUGCCCAAAGGUUUUGCAUGCUGGCAAGAUCCCCUUUCCUAAAUGAAUCAUAAAACCUAGAAUUUGCAGCCAAAACUGAGGCUUUGCUAUCUUCAUGAAGUGUUCGGAGGCUAUCCCUAAUUUUUGCUGCUUGGGCAUAGUUUUCUUCCUCAAUGGCAAUUUGCAGAUUCCGUCUUAAGGUUUGCUCUACUGAUAUGAUGUUUUCACCACUUAGGCUUUCCUCUGUGUCAUCUUUUUUUGCUUGACAAGGAAUCAAUGACAAAAAAGGCAAAUUUUGCACAAAAGGUGCUGCACUAGAUUAAUAAGCAAUUAGAUCUUCAUGAAACUAAAUUUCUACAAUAAAGCAGAUAAAGAAUGAUAGCAGCCCACAUAAAAGUAAAGUUUUUGCUGAAAUCUCUUUUUUUUAGUACAAUGCUGCAGCUUAAUUAAUUCUAAAACCAACUGAUCCAGAAAAAUGUCACCUAAAAUAUAAAUCUUAAUAGUUUAAAUCAUGUAGAACAAAGAUAGCUAGAAAAUGAAGUUGCAAAUUGUAAUCACAGCACCAAAUAUGUAAAAGAUGCAAUAGACUCCUGCAAUGGUCUUAAAUUAUGGGCCAUUCAUUUGUGAACAUAUAAUUAAGCAGUAAAGAAUAAGAUCUCUAGUUUUCGAAAACCUAGAUGAUUAAAGCAAUUAAGUACUAAUCUUGAAGGUCAACAGAGGCAAUUAAAGUUUAAUGUUAGAUUUCAUAAUUUUUUUCCUACAGCUAGCACAAAGUCUUUUUUUAAUCUUGAUCACAAACACAUUAAGAAUAUUGUAGGAAGGUAACAGAACAAAGAAGCUUACUAGGUCUUCCACUUCUCAACAUGGGUCGAAAUUGGCUAGGAAAAAGCUGUAUCUUGUUUCCUCUCGCAGAAGUAGUAGCAAAAGCCACAAUCAAUUGUAUUGAAGAAGGUGGAGAGAAGGAAUGAAUCCUCCUUGGACCAACAGUGCAUAUAUAUGGCAUACAAUGAACAUCCCUUACACCAGUAACAUUUACCUAUAACAAAUUUGAUGAAGCUAA